AUGUCCAGCGGUGAGUACGUUGCAGAAGCAUUUAGUUGUACUCCCGGACACCGGUCUGGAGAAAAAUUCAAAGGGGCAGAGCCUUCAUCAUGAUCCUUCUCAGUGCUCCAAGACUUGAAUGGCAGAGAGACUUUGUGGUGAGAGAGACCUUUUCUUUGAGGGUGCCUUCAGUGAGGGCAUAAUGUUCUUCUGCCAAUGGUUCUGACGGGCUACACUGUUGUUCUGAAGGUAAGGCGAUUAGCAGUGGCGGUGCUUCAUCCUCUUCAGUUUUAAUACUACAAAAACAAACAAAAAACUUUAAGUCGAUUCAAAUAAAUUAAUAUUCUGUCAAUUCCAUUAAAAGAUGUUUGAACAACAAAUUGAUCUCUGUUCAAUUAAGUUAUUCCGAGUCACACACUAAAGUUUCUCACUAGUGUUGCAAACAGAAACUUUAUUCUUAGAUCAAUGAAACUGGAUAACAGCUGAACAAUGCCUGGAAAUGUUUUUCUGGUAGCAGAUGCUUUCAAUAAACAUCAUUACUUGUCUUUCUCACCACCAUAAGAAAAAGUGUUAAUACACCAUCCUACACUUGAUGAUCUUAGUGCAAAAAAUGAUCUUCGUCUUUUUCAGUUACUCACCCUUGAUUAGAUGGCCAAAUUGUAACUACCCUUGCCAAAAUAGCAAGCUUCUGACUUAAAAGAUUUAGCCAGAAAAAAGACUGACCAUUACAAAUCAUAUCAGGAGGCUUGGAUAGACCAAUCAGAGAAAACAUCGGCAAAAUUACAUUUCUCAGUACUUUAUUUACCGGUACAAUAAACAUCUGGAUAAACAGACAUACAGGUAGUAAUGAAUGUGCACAUUCGAUAUAUAAUCAAAAUACCUCAACAUGUGUGAUUGCUGUGACUCUUUAAGUGGUGAGCAUUGUUCUCCCGGUGACUCGGGACUGUGAGUGAAUCCGUUUGAUACCGCCCCAAAGUCUGAUGAUGGCGAAAACAGAGCCUUUUGUUCGUGGUAUGCUGCAUCCUGUAGAGAAGCUGCUUUGUGGUCCUUCAUCCCAAUCACUCAAGUCAACACUAAAAGGAGAUGAGCAUGUAAACAUGUUGACAAAAUAGCAACAAAAUGACGAGUACUAGGCUAUCCAGAGAAUCUAGGCUAAACGAAGACAAGGAUUCCUACAGCUUGUGACAAUACUUAGCUAGAGGUGUCUGUUGAUUUCUAUAUUUCACAUUUUGGAUACCUAGCUAUAGCCCAUUUCCUAGACCAGAGUUCUAGCUGUAGAACAUUUUGCCAUUUUGCAAAAUAUUUGCUACGCUUUUCCCUCGUCGGAGAGUAUCUCCAUGGUCAGUGGCUGGUUCUGAUCAGUGUUGGCAACUUAGCGACUUUGUCGCUAUAUUUAGUGAGUUUUCAGACCCCUCUAGCGACACAUUUACAAAAAAGCGACUAGCGACAAAUCUAGCGACUUUCUCUGGUGUUAUUGGAGACAGACAUGAAAGCACGUAUCGUUCUUACUCUUCUCAACGAGCAGCGGGUGCUUUGUUACCCCCGUCCCAAAGCACUCACAGGCAGCCCAGUCCUCGCGGAGCAGUCCCUCCCAGCUGCAGUCAGAGCAGGAGAUGUUCACCCCUCCGCGUCCAGACUGCAAAUGAAUCGCGCAUGCGGGAAGCCGCCGCUGGCUGAUCCCGUCCUGGCUUACAUUCAGGGCGGGAUGUAAAUGUAGGGUGUUUUUUACUCACUUUUUGUCUCUCCCACGACGUUAUUCCUUUCUCCUACAGCGUCCAUCACAAUUACAUGCACAUGGCCAAUUAUGUAAAUUAGGUGAUGACGUCAUUUAGCGACUUUACAGAGUUGGCAACACUGGUUCUGAUAAGGAAUGCGUCGACUCGUUUGCGUCACCGAGCGAUGCCCAUUAAAUAAUUACAUCCAAUUGUUAGACGCUACCCUUUCGAAAAAAGAUUGCAGUCAGAGUGCAGUAUAACUGCAGUAUGCUGCAAAUACUGUGUCCAAAAUAACACCGUUUUUUGUACUGCAGUAAUUUUGCAGUGUAACUGCAGUUAGUGUUGAAUAACUGCAGUUAUUCUGCGUCCAAAAUACCACAGGCGACUGCAGUUACUGCACUUUCACUGCAAUUUCAAAACAGCAAUCUUUUUUUUGUAAAAGUACCACCCCCCUCCAAAUCAAAACCAAACAUGUAUUCCAUGUUGUGCCUUGCUUAGCGCGCACACCUGUCUGUGUUUCCCACCUCUUUGUCUAGCUAAUCAGCCUCUGGCAUCAUGCAGCAGCAGACAGUUGGUAGAACAAUAAUCUGCCACACAAAAAUGUUUUAUCAGCAUUAAUUAGAUUGAGCAAUAAAAGCCCCACUUUUAUUCGAUAUGCUGGGAUCCGCACUAUGCAGCUGUUGCAAGAGCACUUUUUUCAUUGGCUGUCCACUGGUUUCAAAAACAAUGAUUGAUAGGCAGCUUAAACUUCUUGAAUUCAACCAUUAUUGGGUUCCAAUACACAUUUAGAUUUGUGAACAGGCAUCCACAACAACCACAAUCCGUAAGGCGCAAAUAGCUAAAUGAGAGCAGCAGCAGUGUGAUUCACAUCAAUGCGCUAUGUAGAUAUCAAUAAUAAGUGAUAUCCGUAUCGCCAUAGACUACAACACUGCUGUCAUCCUUACCUCCAAGCGUUUAUUCAAGUUGGAUAAUCUCUGGAUGCCGACAGCAGUCGCACCAUUGGAAGACAUAGCUUGGACUGUAGCCUACAAAAGCCUAUUCCUGCUCUUUUACCGCAAUCCAUCAAACACAUUUGGUGUGUCAUCAUAGUGGUCUCUGACUUGUGGUGAGACUCGCUCAGGUGGAGCAAACUUAAAUUUGCACCUUUUUUCAGUGCUAAUUUGAAUGUCAUUGAGAAAACAGAGAAGUGUCAAAUAUUUUUUUCCGUGAACAUCCUUUCUGAAUUUAAAAGUAAUCCUUGAAGUAAUCUAGUUUUUCAAAAGUAUCUGUAAUCUGAUUACAAUAUCUUUGCUGGUAACGUAACGGAUUACAGUUACCGUUUUUUGUAAUCCCUUACAUAUAACGGAUUACAUGUAUUCCGUUACUCCCCAACCCUGCAUGAGAAACAUAUUGACUUAUAUUUCUACCUGCCUGAAAUAUGACUUGGUUCAACCAUUAGUUGAAAAACUACACAUAUUUGGUUAGUAGAGACCUUACUGACAUAUAUCCCACUGUAUCUGAGACAGGUAGAAAAAUUCUCUCUACAAGCUAAUAUGUAUCCCAUGUAUAGGGAUGUAGCUCAGUUGGUAGAGCAUGGCAUUUGCAAUGCCAGGGUUGUGGGUUCGUUUCCCACAGGGGGCCAGUAUGACGUUUCCCACAGGGGGCCAGUAUGACAAAUAAUGUAUGCACUCACUAACUGUAAGUCGCUCUGGAUAAGAGCGUCUGCUAAAAUGACUAAAAUGUAUAGUGUAUUUAUUGCAUUGGGGCUAUGGAGGGGGCGGAGUGAAAAGCCAGCAGCAGGCCGUGGGACACAACCCCCUUAAAAAACAAAUUAUAUUUGGUUAGUAGAGACCCUACUGAGCAUUGCCCACCCCACUUUAGCUGAGACAGGUAGAAAACGCUGUUUGGGUCUUUGCGUGUCAAAAAAGAUUGCAUUCAUUUGCAUCACAUUCAAUGAGAGACUUUUAUUUUGAAGGCAAACCUUAAAUUCAACUAUUGUGGCUAAUCCUUAUUGUGUCUAGCUUCACAUAGGUGGGUCCGACCAUCAUUAAUCAAAUAACUUUUAUAAAUUAGGGGUAUUUUAGAUUAUGACACCAUAGCUACUGAAACAGAUGGUCAUUUCGCUGGUUUUGGGGAAGAACAGUGUUUGCACCCAUCAGCUAGUUGUUAGCUUUUUUUAUGGCCAUCAAUGUCCCAGAGCUUGGGGAAGUGUGUCUGCGUUCAAGUGCAGCAGCAGCAGGUGCGCAAGACAAAACUUUACCAGCAUCAUAGCAUACGUAUCGGUAAAUCGCUGUGACAUAUGAAAAAGGAGUGAUAGUGUAAUCAAUGUGUAAUAACUACGUAAAAAAUGUAUUAACGUGUUCAAUUAUGUGAUGUGCAGUCCUAUUCAGGUCCUGAUUGGUCAACAAGCUUAUGACGUAUCUUUUUUGACAAGCAAAGACCCAAAUGGCGUUCCAUAGAAAAGUUCUCUACAAGCCUAAAUGUAUCCCAUGUACAGUCAAUUACAGUGUAUUGAAUUGGCAGCUAUAGAAGGGGCAGAGUGAAAAGCCAGCAGCAGGCCGUGCCACACAGUCCCCCUCCAAAACUGCUUAGUAGAGACCCGACUGAGUACUUCCCACCAGUUUAUAUGAGACAGGUAGUAAAGUUCUUUACAACCCAAUAACUAUCCAUAUACUGUACCAUGAAUUGCACUGCAGUGAAUGCAGUGGGUGGAAUAAGGAGUCACCAGCAGCACUGUAUUAAACCCAUUUAAUACAGAGACCAAUACAAUUUUUGCAGACUCUAUUGAGUAAUUCCAAUGACAUAUAUUUGGUUUUUAUUAAAAGUGUAUUUCUUUAAAUAUAGCCCUACACAGCAUACCAGUGUUUGUGUAAACUUUUUAAAGCAAUGGUAUGAAUACGACAAAUUAUCAAUGUAUUUUUUCAAAGGUGGUAGCAAUGCUGUGGGAAAAUCGUUGUAAAACUAGUGCAAAAAAAAAGAAAUCGAUAUUCCCCCAAAAAUCUGCGCUCAUGCUGCCAGCAUAAUAUCCUGCUGCAAAGAGAACGGUAAUCUUGAUUUCUUUGUUCCUAUUUCUGCUUUUUUCUUCGUGUGGCUUUCCGGCAGACUAGACGCUUUGUUGCAUAUUGCUGCCUUUCAGUUUGGAAAGUACAUUGCACAUUUGUAAAAAAUAAAAAAGACUCAGAAAAUGGGGGGGAAAUUGUGCCACCAUCUAACCCUAUAUAUACACACAGUAUACCACUAUCCCCAACACCCCACCACUCCUUCCUACUACUUUGGCCCCAACAGAUCCUACACCCUUCUCUCAAAACUCCCUCUAGUUCUUCUGCACUAAAAUCUCUGACACCCAAAAACUUCUCUACUGCUGCUACUACCAAUUCAAUCUUCUGGGAUUUCCUUUCCAUUUGUGCAGUCCAAUUAAUGACCAUAGCAAUAAACACCAAGAAGCCAACCUUACUAAAGCACAAACUGUUCAGAUCACUCUGUACCAGUGGAGGCUGCUGAGGGGAGGACGGCUCAUAAUAAAUGGCUGGAAUGGAGCCAAUGGAAUGGCAUCAAACACAUGGAAACUAGUGGGAAACUCGUCUGAAGUUGGGCCCCAACUUCAGUCGAUCCACCUGAACACACUCCUUUCAGCGGCACUCCGCUCCAGAGAGCGAAGCAGGUCACCACUUUCGUCCCGAGUCUCGAAAUGCGCAGCGCCCUCUACCUCUGAGCAGCAGACACAUAAAAAAAAUUCCACCUCUGGAUACUUUGACCGAAUUGACAGAACCCAAUUCCUUCUUCACCCAGCCUCUUUCUACCACAAACGUUCGGCAAAAAGGCAUGGGUCCAUUUUCUCCACGAAACAUACUCCCACUGGGCCAGAGUCAUCUCUGGCAUUUUUCUGAUCAUUGGGGUAAGGCUCGGAAACCUUCACCUGACCUGAAGACGCUGGUUCUUCCUCCUCACUUUUGUCAGGUUCAAUUUCACGAUCCGUCGACUGCUCAUGGUUUUCAGGCGCGUAACAUGCAAUUUUCUCUCCUGUACUUGACUCAAAGGAGAAAGUACUCUGCUUGCAUUUCGCAGUCGGUUCAGGAUUGCACCUCGCGCACUUCUUUCUGUCUUGCUUCUUCACACCAUCCUCCCUCUUCCUCGCCCGGGCCUCCGACAUGAAUUCCAUCUCCGUGUUGGACUGGGACUUCAGGAAACUCAGUUGCUGCUGCCAUGCUCCCUUCUCGAUCCAACUAACCCCCUUCUUCAGCUUUGAAACUGGAUGUUGACUCCAGUAUUUGGGGGGGGUUGGAUGUAAUGCUGCGUUCCUAACCAACUGGGAAGGUGGUAAAAUUAGUCCUUAGAUGAGAAAACUAAAGGCACAACUUAAAUUCGAGCCAAUAUCUUAAGUAACUGAACAUAUUACUCCAACCUCGUACAGCGAUCGUGUUCACAAACAAAUUAGUGUUAAAAAAACAAUAUUGCUUUUUAUAAAUAAUGUUUUGUUGCAUUUAACUGCCCAAAAUUCUGUUAUCGAGGUCAUAUCCUUAGUGGGUUACGUCAGAGUUCAGCAUGUUGGAGAAGCUGGAGCCUAGGGAUGAUAGACGAGUUUCCCACUAGUAAUUAGCAGUUGGAGGGGCGUUCAAGUGGAUUUCUCCAAGUUGUAUGUGGUAAAAAACACCUUCCCACUUGGUUAUGAAUGCAGCAUUAGCCUGAAAAAGUAAUGAGGGGAUUUGAUUAAGAUGCUGUGGUGAUACUGAUGGUUUGUCGGGACUGACUGUUUCUACAGUUGUGGCUAAAGUGACUUUACGUAGCAGGUUAGGAUAAUUAAUAAUAAUAACUUGGUGGGUGCUUAUAUUUGUCUUAUUUCACAUGUACAAGUGUGUAAUACGCAUGUGUGAAUUGUAGAUGUGUUUUUUGCAUAUCCCACUCUCCCUGAGACACCCUGAGAGAGCGGAGUCACGGCCAGGGAUUCGAACUAGCGACCUUUCAUUUACUGACCCAACACUAACCGCUAGGCUACCUGCUGCCCCGAACCAUUGCAGGUUAGGAGAAUGAGGUUAAUGUUAGGAAAAGGGUUAGACUUACUACAAGCUUCACUCUGUUGAUCUACGUGCAUACGUGCACUGUUAUUUUUGAGUAGCACCUUUUGGUAAAACAAAAUAACCGUUACUACACAGUAGAAAAGAGAAACUCAACAAAUAAUAUACAAGGUUGAUUCAUCUUAGAGGUAGAUUUGCUAUGUUUCUUGUAAUAACUACUCUUGCAUAAAGUAUAUUUAAAAAAUAAUUACACUAAAACAAGGUGAGAAAAGCUGGGAUCUUUUGAGGUUGAUUCUUUCACACAUCUGAAAAUACACUGUUAGUCAUAGUAGCCUCCACAAAUUAUGAGCCAUAGGGUUGCAAUAUAUGUUUAAGCUCCACAUCAUUGACCAGUACAUUUUAAAAACACUUUCACUUGACUCAAAUUUAGCUAUUACAUAAGAGUGGAAAAAGUCAGGCCAUGUAAUCUGAUAAAGAUAAUUGUGAUCAAACAGAAGGCAAUGGUGUGAUGGUGUGUGCAUGCAGGAUUUAAUGACACACUAGAAUACCAGAACGCCAUAUUGCUGAAGAAUAGCAGCACAAGUUAAUAACACAAGUUAUUUACAAAUAUUACAUCCCAAAAACAAUAUCUGUAACUUUUUCCCCUUCUCAUUCAGACUUGGCAACCACUGCCAUGUCAAUUUCAAAUUGCAGAGCUAAAGACUAAUUUAUGGCCUGAUAUCAUUAUCUUGGAAAAACAACACAAUAUUAUUACUCAUCAUAUCAAAAGUCAAAAUAGAAGAUGAGCAGCAUUUUGUUGAAAUACACAAACAUGUGCAAUAAGGCACAGGUCUAACAGCACUCCUUAUCUGCGAUGGAUAGGGUAUAGCUGCACAAGUCUUCCAGCUUUACUCAAGAGUCAGAAGACUGAUACUCAACUGGGGCCAUUCCUUCAAGGUUGUGCCAAUCAUGAAAGCAAUUUCUGUCUGGAAUGACACAGAGUGGUACACCACACUCAUUGCACUUCCAGGGAGUGUCUUUGGAGUGUCCCGAUUUCUUGCAGAGUUCGCAGCGCUUUCGUCCUGCAGAGCUUCUCUUGCUUUUGUCUGCCACAGGCUUGAUCGGGACAGGUGUGUGUCCAGUGUUCUUCGGCUUGGACUGAGUCUCAAUGGACACCUCGCAAAGCUGGGCCACGAGCGCUUGUGUGAAUUCUUUGUGGGUCAUGGGCUGCAUCUUGUUCACUUUACACAGAUCCUUGUGAAUGAUGUAGCUGUUAGUAGUCGCUAUGUCCACAAAAUGGUAGAACAAUGUUCGGUACCACUUCAUUGUUUUGCGGUGGGCUGAGAAGUACGUAAUCAGUUGGUCAGAUAAGUCAACACCUCCCAUGUUUUUAUUGUAUUCUAGAAUGGGGGUGGGUACUGGAAUUGACUCAUGAGACCAUUUGCCAUCCUUAUUCUUGUGUUUCCUGUUUAUUUUCUCCCCUCCAUACGCUUGAUGAAUGGUGGUACCCAUCGACACUUCCCGGGCAUCCUUCCACUUCACAAAGAGCAGGGAGCCCUCCCUUAUCCACCGUAAAGAUCCUCUUGGGGAUUUCUUGGUCAGUGCAUUUUCUUCUGCUCUUGGGAAACCCUGUCUGCCUUCCCGCAUGGUACCACACGCUCCCAUUUUCAUGUCAAAUAAGUCCUUGAAUAGUUUUGGGCUGGAGAAGUAGUUGUCAAGGUACACAUGGUAACCUGAGCCAAGGACAGAGGGCCUUACGAGGGACAUCACUGAAUCGUAACAAAUUCCAAAGCCAACGGGAAACGUGUUCUUGCCGAUAUACACAGUAUAGUCCACUGUAUAGCCAUUGCUGGAGUCAGCUAACACAAAAAUCUUAAAGCCAAAUUUAGUGGGCUUUGACUUGAUAUAUUCAAUCAACCCAUUUCUUGCUUUUGAUGCCACCAUCCUUUCAUCUACAGCCAGGUUUCUAUGUGGGUGGAAACAGGACAUGCAGGCAUGACGAAUGUCAUUCAUUAAUGGUUUGAGCCGAAAUAGCCUAUCAUAUUCAGGUGUGCCCUUUUUACUGUCAUUGACAGCGUCCUCAUCAGGAUCACUCAUGUGAAUGUUCCAUGAUAUGAUUCUGUAUCUAUCCCUGUUCAUCACAGUAGCUGGAAACGGAAUCGAGAAGAUGGAGUUUGUUAUCCAGUAAUCACUGAUAGCUCUUGUCUUAACCAGCGCAGUAAAGAAGACCAAUCCAAUGAAUUUGUAAAACUCCUUCACAGUUAUAUCUAUCCACUUAAACUUUUUGCCCCUACCAAUGUUUCUAGCCGCUUGUCUAUUUGUAUUGUCGCAGAGGGUUCUGACCGUGACUUUGGUAAAAAACAUUUGAAAUAAGUCUAACGGUGAGUACAUGGCUGAGGGAUCUACUUGAGGUCCAGGAGGUCUGCUUGGACAAAAUCUCAAAGGUUGAGGACCCUCAUCAGGGUCUUCCUCUGUUUUCCAUGGCUGAUCUGACUCGGUUCUGUGUGGUAAGCGAGAGGUUUUUCUUGGGGUUGAGAGACGUGGUACUUUGGACUUUAAUGAGGGUGAGGCCAGCACUCGUUUGCGUGGGGAAUGGGUCUUUGUUGAUGGGCUACGCUGUUGGUCUGGAUGUAAGGUACUCAGCAGUGGGCCUUCAUCUUCUUCAGUUUCAACACUAUGAAAAUAAACAUUAGUAAUGAUCAAUUCAGUAAACAUGUUUUGAACAACACUUCCAAUUGAGCGACAGCUAUGCCAUCGGUAUUGGUCUUCAAUUAACUUUAAAACUUGAAGGUUAAAAAGACGUGAACUAGCUACAGUGCUUAUAGAAAGUCUACACCCGCUAACUUUUUUCACAUUUUGUUGUGUCAGUGCCUCAGAGUUUCAUGCAUAUAAAUAGGGAUUUAUUUCACUUAUCUACACACCAUACUCCACACUUAAGGGAAAGUUUAUUUUUUGGGAAAAAAUAUUAUAUAUAAAAAAUACAAAAACAGAAAUAUCAUAUUUGGAUAAGUCUCCACCCCCUGAGUCAAUACUUGGUGGAAGCACUUUUGGCAGCAGUUACAGCUGUGAGUCUGUUGGGAUAGGUCUCUAUCAACUUUGCACACCUAGAUUUGGCAAUGUAUUAUUUUUUACAAAACUGUUCGAGCUCUGUCAUGUUCCUUGGGAGCGUUGAUGGACAGCAAUCUUUAAGUCAUGACACAAAUGUUUUAUUGGAUUUAGGUCGGGGCUCUGACUGGGCCACUCAAGGACAUUUACCUUUUUAUUCCUUAGCCACUCCACUGUAGCUUUGUGUGCUUUGGGUUGUUGUCAUGCUAAAAGGUAAACUUCCGUCCCAGUUUCAGAUUUCUUGCAGAGGGCAGCAAGUUUUCCCUCAAGGACUUUUCAUGCUCCAUUAAUUUUCCUUUCUAGUGUCCUGAUGAGUAACAUCCCCACAACAUGAUGCUGCCGCCACCAUGCUUCACAAUAGGGAUGGUGUUCUUUGGGUGAUGUGCAGUGUUUGCGCCAAAUGUAAGGCUUUGCAUUUUUUGCACAAGUUCAAUUUUAGUUUCGUCAGACCACAAAACUUUUUGCCACAUGGCUACAGAAACUCCUGUGUUUUUUUGCAUACUUCAAAUGGUAUUCAAGGUGGGCUUUCUUGAGUAAUGGCUUCCUUCUUGCAACCCUACAUGCCAGAUUUGUGGAGUGCUUGGGAUAUUGUUGUCACAUGCACACUUUGACCAGUCUUGGCCAUAAAAGCCUGUAGCUCUUUCAAAGUUGCCAUUGGACUCUUGGUAGCCUCUCUGAUCAGUCUCCUACUUGCUCGGUCAUCCAGUUUGGAGGCAUGGCCUGAUCUAGGCAGGGUCUUGGUGGUGCCAUACACCUUCCACUUCUUAAUAAUCAUCUUGACCAUGCUCCAAGGGAUAUUCAAGGACUUAUAAAUAUUUUUAUACCCAUCUCCUGGACCUGUGCCUUUCCACCACUUUGUCCCAGAGUUCUAUUGAAAGCUCCUUGGUGCUCAUGGUUGAGUGUUUGUGUUGCAAUUCACUACCCAGCAGAAGGAACCUCCAGGAACUGCUGAAAUCAUGUGAAUCACUACAAUUUAACACAGGUGAAGGCCAAUUAACUUUGUGUGAUUUUGAAGGUGAUUGGUUACACCCAAGAUAAUUUAGGAUUGCUAUUACAAGGGGGGUGGAUACUUAUCAUACUAAGCAAUUUCAGUCUUUAUUUUUUUAACAUAAUAUAAUUUUCACUUGGAAGUUGUGGGGUAGGAUGUGUAGAUCAUUGGGAAAAGUAUUUUAAUGCAUUUUCAUUCCAGGCUAUUAGGCAACAAACAGUGAAAUGUUGAAAGGGGGUGUAGACCUUCUAUAAGCAUAUUGGCUCUAAGACAUCUAGGGCUGAAUAUGGUCUCAGAGCUGUUAGGCUGCGUUUAUACAGGCAGGCCAUUUCAGACUUUGGGUCGUAAGUGCUGAGAAUAUACAUUUUACUCCUUAUUUUACGGGUAAAAAUAAAAGGUAUGCAUGAAGCCUCUUUAGUCGUGAGUCACACCUAGUCUACAGAUAUUUAGGACACCCUCAUGACUUGUCCUAACCAGUUAAGAGUUACCAGCAGGUGUCUUGAUAAUAGAAAAAUGCAGCGAGUCAAAUAUUUUUUUGCCGUGGCGGCAAUGAUUUUGCCGUGGCGCAGCGCCACAGCUAAAUGACUGCAGCGGAAACACUGAUGGAUUAUGAAAGUUUGUAAAUACCUUGAUGUCCUUGUUGACUGUGACCCUUUGCAUGGUAACCAUGUUUCUUCUGGAGACUCAGAACCAUUUACCCCGCUCUCAGAUUGGCUCUCUAUCCUUGGGGUGACUCUGGGUGGUGAGUCGCUUGCUGAUUCAUUUGAGUCCUCCUCUUCCCAAUCAAGACUAUGAAGAUAAAUAUGAACAUGUUUACAAUAAUGCAAUUCACUAAGUCAAUACUAUCACUAAGGCCUAGACAACAGAAUACAACUCAUCUACAUGGGUCCACACAUCUACAUUUCAUGUCAAUUCAAUGUGGCCGACACCCACCGUCUCAGAUCAAUCUGAAACUGGGCUCCCGAGUGGCGCAACGGUCUAAGGCAGUGCAUCUCAGUGCUUGUGGCGUCACUACAGACCCCCUGGUUCGAUUCCAGGCUGAAUCACAACCGGCCGUGAUUGGGAGUCCCAUAGGACGGCGCACAAUUGGCCCAGCGUCGUCCGGGUUUGGCCGGUGUAGGCCGUCAUUGACUUGCCUAGUUAAAUAAAGGUAAAAUACAUUUUAAAAAACUAACUAGAUCUGAAGUUAGGUUUACAAACUGAGUAAAGUAUGCCUGCCAAAUAGUUUGAAAAGAAAUAAUAAUCUGAAAAAUUAGAAUUCAUAUUCAAGUAUGUCAUUUUGAUUUCAGAUCUUUUUAAUGGAGUGGCUGCGGAUCAGACUUUUCCGGACCUUUCCUCCCGACUGCUAAAGCUCCCGAAGAUCCUCCACUCCACUAGGCAAAAUAUCUGCUUUGAUUUAAACUAAAUACGGGUAGGCUAUGCUACAGUUAGUUAACACCAUCUGGUUGAUAUGCAGAUGCUGCAUGGAUGUUUCACCAGUAACAUUUGAAUAAUCAUCAUUCACGAUUGAAUGUGAGAAAUUAGGGAGAUUAUCUACGAAUAGAACAGAGAAUGUGCACAAAGUAAAGAAACCUGCACAUGCGCAGAAGCCCCAGCUGCCGGGAAGCGGGGUCAAGAAAAGUCGGAUCUGCAGUCUGUCUUCUUUUAAAUACUGACUCAAGCGAUUUUUGGACUUUUCCUGUUGAAAAGCAAUAUCCCAAGUAUAAAUACACUAAAGUGCAAAAUAUUAUAUUUGAGCAUUUUUAUUUUUUACUUUCUGUGCGCUCUCAAAUUACCACCACCACCAGACUGAGGUUCCACAACUGGAAGUGAUGUGUGUGCAUUGUUGACAUACCUAGUAUAAACCAGCACACGUACACGCCCACUUUUGCAAAGUAAUGCCUUCACUUUGACCUUACGCCUGCCCACAUGCUGAAGUUAAAGUAAAUCACGUGAUAAACGAGUUGAAAAGGAGGCUGUCUUUAUUUUCAAACAGUUUUAAAACAGUCACUUUGUCCGAGAGAGAUUUACAUGGUUAUCAAAACGUCACACCAGGGUAAGCCUACACGAAACACAGCCCUUAAUUUAAGUUUUUCUAAAAUCCCCUAUGGGAAAAAUGAAUGGUGUAAAAACGAUUGGAACCAUUUCCCUUUUUGACCGCUAGGUUUUAUGGGUAUUAUGACACCUCCACUGUGGGGCUCUAUUUCUAACACAAACGAUUACAUGUUUGAUCCAAAAUUGUAAAAGAUAUCAUUGAAAAACGAAGGAUUAGCUAUAUUCUGUUUUUGUUUCAUAUUUAUUUGUUCUCGCCUGGCUGGAAUAGCUAGUGAAGAACAAAAUAACCUAAUUGUUCCUCACGGUUGGCAAACAAACAUGCUCAAAUCAAAUGUAAGGUCUGACCCGAUCUGCAUCGUGGUUAUUUCUACUUAAAGGAAUACUCCACCCCUCAAACUAUUACUCCCAAAAAUGUUUUGCAUGUCAGCAAUCAAGUUCUUGAGAUAUGUAACUUUGGAAAUACAGAAAUCUGGACCAUAUGAUGCAUUUUGAUUCAAAUAAUGAACUCAUCAUCAAGUUUUGAUUAUUUGAAUCAGCUGUGUAGUGCUAGGGCAACAACCAAAAUGUGCACCCCUUGGGGUCCCCAGGAUCGAGUUUGGGAAACGCUGGUGUACUGUAACAACUGUGUAGCCCAGGGUUUCCCAAACUUGGUCCUCAGGACCCCAAUUAAUUAUAUUUGUGCCAUCACUAGCCGGCUACCACCCGGCUACUCAACCCUGCACCUUAGAGGCUGCUGCCCUAUGUACAUAGACAUGGAAUCACUGGCCACUUUAAUAAUGGAACACUAGUCACUUGAAUAAUGUUUACAUACUGCUUUACUCAUCUCAUAUGUAUAUACUGUAUUCUAUUCUACUGUAUUUUAGGCAAUGCCACUGACAUUGCUCGUCCUAAUAUUUAUAUAUUUCUUAAUUCCAUUCUUUUACUUUUAGAUUUGUGUAUUGUUGUGAAUUGUUAGAUACUACUGCACUGUUGGAGCUAGGAACACAAGCAUUUCGCUACACCCGCAAUAACAUCUGCUAAAUAUGUGUAUGUGACCAAUAACAUUUGAUUAGAUUUUCUAGAACUUUCUCACUCAUCAUUAUUCAUGAUUCAUGCAGGAUUAUCCAUAAUCAUGGUAGCAUCCACAUUCAUGUAGUGUAUAGAAACAUAUUCUAUUCUUAUUUACCCCCCAAAAAAUUGUCAUAUUAGAUUGUGUAGAAAUGCAGGAAAUGAGCUUUAGAUGCCAAGAAAAAUUCUGAGGGAGGACCCCCAGACCCCACACCAGGUUAUGUCCCCCCCACUCCUAUAACCAAAGUUGCACCCCUGAUUUUUAGACAAUACAAUUAUUAUACCUGGUGUACCUACAACAACAGUGCAUUGUGAUUAUUAUUAUUAGCAAGUGAAUACACAAUGAUUGUCCAUAGGUUGUUAACUGCAGUGAUAGGCUAAUUUCAAUAACCGCUCAAACGUCCUGUUUUGUUUCAUGCCGAAAUAACUGCAUAGGCCUACAACCUAGGCCUGAUUAUGCAACCAUUUUAAUCAGUUUGGGUCUAUUCUCAACAGUUUAGAAGGACAAGAAAGGGAGCUUAGCAGGCCACUCGUGGUGUAUUUUGUCAGGAUGUAGCCCGGUGUUAAGAUAGCCCUACUAUAGGAAAACAUGGGCUUCUCCUUUCCAACUCCUCGCCCGUUCUUAAUGCUGUACACUAUUUUACAUUCAGCAAGCAAGAGCAAGCGUGCAUCUCUCCUCCAAUAGGCUAAAGAAAAAAGGUUGAAAGAGGCCAGGUGCGUAAUUGUGCAACAGAACAAAGACAGACGGGCUCGAGAUGUAACCUAUAGCCUAAGUAGAUGCAUAUGCAUAUUUAAACAAUAAGGCCCGAGGAGGUGUGGUAUAUGUCCAAUAUACCAUGGCUAAUGGCUGUUCUUAAGCAUGACACAACGCGGAGUGCCUGGACACAGCCCUUAGCCGUGGUAUAUUGGCCAUAUAUCACAAACCCCUGAGGUGCCUUAUUGCUAUUAUAAACUGGUUACCAAACCUAAUUAGAGCAGUAAAAAUAAAUGUUUUGUCAUACCCGUGGUAUAUGGUCUGAUAUACCAAUCAGCAUUCAGGACUCGACCCACCCAGUUUAUAAUAGGCUAUAAUUCAUAAGCUCAAUGUUAGGCUUAAUACUUCAGUGAAUAUAUCCAGUCAAUUUACACAGUGAAAGAAAACAAGUUUAUCAGAUAACGAAAUCAUAGGUAGCUACACUAUGUGCGCUCUCUCCCAGUCUACACAGCUGGAAAAGCUACCAUGUUUCCGUUUUUUUAGGGACCAGAAAUGUAUCCUACCUAGGCUACAACAACACAAUGUAAUGAAGAAUGAUUUUGUUUUCAAGUGAAAAAAGUUAAUAGGGCCUGAUAAACUGAAGUGGACUCGGCAAGAGUGCCAUUAGCCUGAGCCCAGAGUAAUAUCAAACUACCCCAAAAAUAGACCACAGCCUGUCGUUUCCAAUGUGAACAAAUUAAUGCUAGUGGGCAGAACAAGCAAGGAGGUGGACAGACCCAAGCACGAGCUAGCGAGAUCCUAUUGGCGCGUUCUAACAGACCUUUGCAUAUUUCUGUUAGGGAACGCCUACUCUGUGAAGUGCGCGUGUGUAAUAACUAAAUUGGCCUUUGCGCGUCUUCUAAACAACGCAAUUUUUUCCAACUUUGGCAAAGGGUAAAGUCUACAAAACUUAGUCCACUCUGUUCGUAACAGAUUAUAGUUUUGGGAACAGAAAACUGUAUUGAGAUCAACUGUUUCAUCGAUGACAAAAUGUGCAGAAUGUCGGCGGCCUUAUCCAUCUCGUUCGAUCUUCUCCCACUGCCCGCCACACUGUGCUUCCAGUGGAAAUGCCAAGCGGAUGCUUCACAUGUUUACAUCCGGUAAAAUAUUUGUCUCAUUGUUCUAAAUGGUUCUGACGGAUUCGGUGAGAGCUCGGCCCCCCAGUGUGUUGACUGGGUACAGUAUGCGCUCUGGAAGUGAUUAUUCCUACUUACGCGUCCUCAUGUGGAUCCACUCCCUCCUGAUAGUCGAAGCUGAAGUCUUCGUCUGCAAGGUAACUAUCAUCAGACCAAUUGCUUCCUUCCUCGCUUCUAUCGAAGUCCUCCAUCUCGGUGUCGCUUUCCAUUGUAGAAUCAAUCAAUUUCAGCUAUAAUGUUGUGGACAGAGCUACGGUCUAAAACGUAGACACAAAUUAUCAGCUACUACACUAUCACGUUAACAACGUGCAGCUUCUUCGCGUGAGUUUCCGGCAGACUGGACGCGCUCUUCUUCUUCUAUGAUAUAAUGGCGGUCCGCAAACAAACGUUAAAGGUGCAUGCCGCCACCUACUGUGCUGGAGUGUGUGGUCAAUCACGGUUUACAACAUACCUAAAUCCUCCUUCCUAACUCAGUACUUCUGAGAAAAUAAAAAAGAGCCCUACUAACUUCUAAUAGACCCUCCCCCAAAUCCCUUCCAAACCCCCAACCUCAAUGACCCUACACUUCAAUCUUUCCCUCUCUAAAAACAUAUGCUCCACUGUUUCAUCGACCAUACACUCCAGACAAAAACCAUUCACAUGCUUGCCAACCAGAUGUAAUGACGAGUUCAAUGUACAAUGUCCUAAUCGAGCAAACACCACAUCUUCCUUCCUAAUCUGACCUUUGAAUCUUGGUCCACCAACCUUUCUUUGGAGGGCAUAUAAAUGCCGGCCCUUGGGCUCAGAGUCCCAUCUCUUCUGCCACACAUCUAUCAAAAUGGCUCUGAUCUUACAUUUGGCCUCACCUCUACCCAGUGGAACAUUAAUAUAAAUUAUAUCUCGUUUCAAAGCUAUUUUGGCUAACUGGUCUACAAUUUCAUUCCCUUCCACACGGUGUAGGCCGUCAUUGUAAAUAUGAAUUUGUUCUUAACUGACUUGCUUAGUUAAAUAAAGGUACAAAAAAUAAAAAUAAAUGUGCUGGGACCCAGCAGAAUCUCACUACUACACCCAGUCUCUCAAUUUUCCAUAAUAACAUUAAUACCGCCAAUAGUAGAUCACUCCUAUUAGAUUUACCAGAUUAUAAACUAUUCAAUACAGACAGAGAAUCUGAGCGUACUUUAUUUCUGGCAGGUUGUACGUCCUCCACCCACUGGAGGGCAACUACUAUCGCCAACAGUUCAACUGAGUAUACUGACAGUUCAUCUGUUAGUCUUCUACAUAUCUUCACAUUAAAUUCAGGAAUGUAAACGCCUGCUCCUGUGCGCCCACUAUCUGGGUCCUUGGAUCCAUCUGUGAAAAGCGGUAAAAAAAAACAAGUUCUACCAAUGUAAUUGUCAACCAGUUUCCCUAUAUCACUGACUUCUGACCAAUCUUUCCUUUUCUCUACCAAGGUUAGAUCAACAACAGGAUCUGGGAGUAACCAUGGAGGAAAAUCCCCUAGCACCACAGAACGGCCAUCCUCCAACUCCCUCAAACCACUUUCAUCAGCAAGCUUUCCAACUGUCCAACCAAAACCACUGCCUCGUCUACUAGUAUAUUCCCAACAGUCAUCUAGAACAGUAGCAGUGGGAUGCUCAACCUCACAGCCUUUCAACCUAACCCAAUAAGCUAAUGACCAUUUUUUACGCCGUAUAUCCAAAGGCAUCUCACCUGCCUCCACUAGUAAGGCACAUACAGAUGUUGAUUUAAAUGCACCAAUACAUAUCCUUAAAGCUAUAUACUGGAUUCUGUCCAGCCUCUGAAGCCAAGUCUUCGCCGCUGUUCCAUAAACUAUACACCUGUAAUCAAUUGUCGUCCUGAUCAGAGCUCUAUAAAUAUCCAUAACAAAUGUUCUAUAGGAUUGAGGUCAGGGCUUUGUGAUGGCCACUCCAAUACCUUUACUUUGUUGUCCUUAAGCCAUUUUGCCAAAACUCUGGAAGUAUGCUUGGGGUCAUUGUCCAUUUGGAAGACCCAUUUGCGACCAAGCUUUAACUUCCUGACUGAUGUCUUGAGAUGUUGCUUCAAUAUAUCCGCAUAAUUUUCCUUCCUCAUGAUGCCAUCUAUUUUGUGAAGUGCACCAGUCCCUCCUGCAGCAAAGCACCCCCACAGCAUGAUGCUGCCACCCCCAUGCUUCACGGUUGGGAUGGUGUUCUUCGGCUUGCAAGACCCUCCUUUUUCCUCCAAACAUAACGAUGGUCAUUAUGGCCAAACAGUUCUAUUUUGUUUCAUCAGACCAGAGGACAUUUCUCCAAAAAGUUCAAUCUUUGUCCCCAUGUGCAGUUGCAAACCGUAGUCUGUUUUUUUUAUGGCGGUUUUGGAGCAGUGGCUUCUUCCUUGCUGAGCAGCCUUUCAGGUUAUGUCGAUAUAGGACUCGUUUUACUGUGGAUAUAUAUACCUUUGUACCUGUUUCCUCCAGCAUCUUCACAAGGUCCUUUGCUGUUGUUCUGGGAUUGAUUUGCACUUUUCGCACCAAAGUACGUUCAUCUCUAGGAGACAGAACGCGUCUCCUUCCUGAGCGGUAUGAUGGCUGCGUGGUCCCAUGGUGUUUCUACUUGUGUACUAUUGUUUGUACAGAUGACCGUGGUACCUUCAGGCAUUUGGAAAUUGCUUCCAAGAAUGAACCAGACUUGUGGAGGUCUAAAGAACAUUUUCUGAGGUCUUGGCUGAUUUAUUUUGAUUUUCACAUGAUGUCAAGCAAAGAGGCACUGAGUUUGAAGGUAGGACUUGAAAUACAUCCACAGGUACACCUCCAAUUGACUCAAAUGAUGUCAAUUAGCCUAUCAGAAGCUUCUAAAGCCAUGCCAUCAUUUUCUGGAAUUUUCCAAGCUGUUUAAAGGCACAGUCAACUUAGUGUAUGUAAACUUCUGACCCACUGGAAUUGUGAUACAGUGAAUUAUAAGUGAAAUAAUCUGUCUGUAAACAAUUUGAGGGUUUGUUUAAUAGCCUACUGGUUCGGUGAGCACCAAGUCUCACACAACAACAUGUCAAGUAAACGAUUUCACAAAUUCGGCUGUUUUUAAUCUUUGCAUUGCUGUAAUAAAGGCUUUACACUUGUUUUCGUUAGAACAGCCUCUCUGGUAUCUUUAUAAUUUAUUUAGUGUUGUUUACAUUGUUCCAAAGUGUCAGAUUGAAUAAUAAUGAUAAUAAUAAUAACCCUGCUUUUUCUUGAUAUCCUUCUUAUUGUUAUUAUUACUAUUAUUAUUAUGAUCAUCAUUAUAAUAAGUAUUGCCAUUAUCAUUAGUAGGCUUAGUAUAGCAGCCCUGUAUAACCACCAUUGAGCUGUAGGCCUAAGAGCGUAUCCUGUUUAGUUUUAAUACUGUAACUUAUUUAGGCCUAUAUUUCAAUCAAUCUUUCAUUCGUCCAUGUCAUCACAUAGCAUAUGAGUCAUUCAUGAUUUGAAAUGCAAUCAAACAUGUUAGUUUUAAAAUAAAAUAAAGCGAGCCUAAAAUAAUUAGCUUAAACAAUAAGCCGUUCCAUUUCGGAAAUUGCAUUCACAAAUGAAUGCGACUGUUUUUAGUCUUUGCUGUAAUAAAGGCUUAGCAAAAAAACGUUACAACAAACUCUCUGGUACGCUUAUAAUGUAGUUAUUGUUGUUUACGUUGUUCCAAAAGGUCCGAAAAUUAUAUUGUAAUCUACGCAGCACCUGUUUGGCACACAUAAUAUGCAUGCAGUGCUUGCUCCUUACCUUAUUUUUCUUGAUCUAGAAUAUUUUCCACAACUAGUUAAAUGUAUUCCACACAUUGACUUCCCCUUGACCUCAUGAGCAACCAGUAAACAUUCCCUGUUUCUAGUUUAUUUGUCACGCCCUGCACCCCUGCAGUCUCUAUGUGGACACAGAGGAGGGUGAGCCUCAUAGAGUUAAUACUAUGGUCAGGGUCAGGAAAUGCUCUGCAGAUGGGGAGGGUAUUUCCCAGAAAGUGGAUUUCUUGAUUAUUAUACAUUUGAAUAAAGAGGCAAGUUAACUCAGAAUAAUAGACCAAUACCUGUGCAGUAGCAAUAUAAUGUCACGUAGUAUUUGUAAUUGUUUAGUAAUAAUAAUAUAAUAUGCCAUUUAGCAGACGCUUUUAUCCAAAGCGACUUACAGUCAUGCGUGCAUUCAUUUUUUUUUGUGUAUGGGUGGUCCCGGGGAUCGAACCCACUACCUUGGCGUUACAAGCGCCGUGCUCUACCAGCUGAUGGUAGAGCAUAGAAAUGGAGAUAUGCUUUUUUGGUUUACCUCAAUAUUGUAUCACUCUCUCACACACACACACACACACACACACAAACACACACACACAUUGUUUUCUCUCUAUCAGACCGGUCCUUGUCAGCUGGGUGGGUAGGCUUGGUGGGUCGAAGGGGCCCCUGCUCCAAACAGCCCUUCAUGGUGACCUUCUUCAGGGCCAGCCAGGCCCCCUGUCGCGCCCUGAAUCCCAACCCCCGCAAGAAGAAGCCCAAAUAUGACCGUCCCCUGCCCAGUAUAUAUGGUGAGGUCAUACAAGGUCAGGGGACAACACUGGUUUUUGGUGUUGUUGUUAAGCUUGUUUUAUGCAGAGUUUAAAGGGAUAGUACAUCCAAAUUACAAAAUUACUUUACAUUUAAUUGUGUCUUUAUUUUAAAUCCAAUGCAUCCAAAGCAUGCUUUACAGUCUGUCCUGUCUCAUAACAUCUUUUUUGAUCCCUUUCAGAUCACAGCCACGUCAACAGUGGGCGUCAGGCUUGUAAGAGACAUUAAUUAUAUGUGAGCUUUAGUGACCUAGGCUGGAAGGUGAGCUUCUGUCUCCCUUAACUACUCAAUUUACUGAAUAGAUAAUAUCAUGAUCUAACAUUGUAUCACCUUAUUUGCUGUAACACACAAUUAGUAUUUUUAGGGAAGCAAGGCAUUUGUGUAGUAUGUGCAUUGUAGUGUAUGUUCUUUGCAUGUUUUAUGAUGUAUUUCUCAUAGAAAUAGAGUCUAUUCUAGUCAUUAAUCUAAUCUUGUCAUUCUAUUUCUAUGGUAUUUCUCUCCAUAAGGACUGGGUCCUGGCUCCUAGGGGUUACUCUGCCCUUCUACUGUGAUAGCUCAGUUGAUAGAGCAUGGCGUUUGCAACGCCAGGGUUGUGGGUUCGAUUCCCACGGGGGGCCAGUAUAAAAAAAAAUAUAUAUGUAUUCACUAACUGUAAGUCGCUCUGGAUAAGAGCGUCUGCAAAAUGUAAAUGUAAUGGAGAAUGCCUAUACCCUUUGGGUUCCUGCAUGAACGCCACCAACCACGCUAUGAUCCAACUAGUGGUCAGUAUGCACUACUACACCCUCUCUCACAAUUAUUUUUUCUUUCUUUCUUCUCAUUUAGAACUGCGACCUGGCCAAGAUAAAGCAAAGCAGUGCGUUAAAAACAACAACAACACAGAAUUACAUAUGGAAUAAACAAAACGUACAGUCAAUAACACAAUAGAAAAUCUAUAUACAGUGUGAGCAAAUGUAGUAAGUUAUGGAGGUAAGGCAGUAAAUAGGCCAUAGUGUAAAAUAAUUACAAUUUAGUAUUAACACUGGAGUGAUAGAUGUGCAGAAGAUGAUGUACAAAUAGAGAUACUGGGGUGCAAAUGAGCAAAAUGAAUAACAAUGUAAAUAACAAUAUGGGGAUGAGGUAGUUGGGUGGGCUAAUUACAGAUGGGCUGUGUACAGGUGCAGUGACAACUGAUGCUUAAAGUUAGUGAGGGAGAUAAGUGUCUCCAGCUUCAGAGAUUUUUUCAGUUCGUUCCAGUCAUUUGCAGCAGAGAACUGGAAGGAAUGGCGGCCAAUGGAGGUGUUGGGGGGGGGGGCAUGGGCAAGUUGCAGCGGAAGGUGCAGAGCUGGUGGCCGGGGUAGGGGUAGCCAGGUGGAAAGUAUUGCCAGCCGUAGCAAAAUGCUUAUUGAAAUUCUCGAUUAUCGUAGAUUUAUCGGUGGUGAUAGUGUUUCCUAGCCUCAGUGCAGUGGGUAGCUGGGAGGAGGUGCUCUUAUUCUCCAUGGACUUUACAGUGUCCCAAAACUUUUUGUAGUUAGUGCUACAGAAUGCACAUUUCUGUUUGAAAAAGCUAGCCUUUGCUUUCCUAACUGAUUGUGUAUAUUGCUUCCUGACUUCCCUGAAAAGUUGCAUAUCGCGGGGGCUGUUCGAUGCUAAUGCAGUACGCCACAGGAUGUUUUUGUGCUGGUCAAGGGCAGUCAAGUCUGGGGUGAACCAGGGGCUAUACAUGAACUCUAACAUUGGUUUCAGUUGGAAUGACGGUAAAUGACUCAGACAUUAAUGGCAAAUAUGGCAAACUGAAACUAAAAUAACCAAUUUACCUGAGUCUACAAUGGCAGAGUCUUAAUAUAGAGUUCGGAUAGUGAGAAGUAACUUUCAAGACAGAAGCAGUUGUGCCCUAUAGUGGUGGACUUUAUACUGUACCAGGUUACUACACAACUAACAUACAUUGAGUGUACAAAACAUUAGGAACACCUGCUCUUUCCAUGACAUAGACUAACCAGGUAAAUUCAGGUGAAAUCUAUGAUCCUUUGAACGGGGUAUGGUAGUAGGUGUAUCAAGAAUGGUCCACCACCCAAAGGUCAUUCAGCCAACUUGACACAACUGUGGGAAGCAUUGGAGUCAACAUGGGCCAGAAUCCCUUUGGAACGCUUUCGACACCUUGUAGAGUCCAUGCCCCGACAAAUUGAGGCUGUUCUGAGCAACAGGGGGUGCAACUCAAUAUUAGCAAGGUGUUCUUAAUGUUUUGUACACUCAGUGUAUGUAGGCCUACAUGUUUUUAAAUAGUACAGUAUCACACAUCACAGUACAAUGCCAUAAAGCGUGGGCCUGUAGUACAUGUAAAUCAACUUAAAGUUGGUUUUUAUUUCCAUAAGCAAAGAAUAAAGCAUAAUUGUUCAUGUAAUAUUAGCCUCAUAACAACUCCAGGAAUAGGAAAUAGUGAUGAAAUAAUCAAAUAAAUGAAAAGACAGAGACAAAUGCUUUUGAACUACUAUUUAUUGUAUUUAAAAAUGUCAAAUUCAGUGCAAAGUAUAGAUCCCUGUUAGGUGGCAAAGUGUCACAAGAAUCCUGUGGGGAGAGAAAACAAGAGAAUACAUUCAUUUAAUGGGUGUUAACUAAUCAGGGUUCAACGAAGCACUUCAAGUCCUCAAUUCGAGAGAGAGAGAGAGAGAGAGAGAGAGAGAGAGAGAGAGAGAGAGAGAGAAGAGAGCGAGAGAUAGCUCGAUAUAUAGUAGAGCGAGAGAGAUAGACGAGAGAUCUAGAGUCGAUCUCAUCGCCUCUCUCGCUCUCUCUCUCUCUCUCUCCUCUCUCUCUCGUCUCUCCUCUCUCUCUUCUCUCGCUCGCUCUCUCUCUCUCUUCCUUCUAGAUAGAGAGAAGUGUGGCGUGGCCCUUCAGGUCUCUGCAGUAGGACUACAUGCUGGCCAUGAGGUACUCCAGGUGGUACUCCAGGAGGCUGGAGAGCUCAGUGACCAGAGACUCUCGGUUAAAGUACCAGGCCAGCUGCUGCCCAAACAUGUCAUCUAGCAGAGCCAUCAGCCCGCCCUGAAGGGAACACCACACAACACAUAGAAAAUGGCUCUGAGCUACUAGCUUAUCAAGAGGAGAGAGACAAUGAGAGUUACUCCCCCUAAAACGGAAUUGAAACCCUGUUAACCAGGAACGAGUAAAGAGGAAGUAAACUAGUAAUAAGGAAGAAAACAGGAAGUAAACUCUUGACUCUUACAUUGAGCAGCAACAGGUAUCUCUCAGCCUUUGGCUCAAUGCUGGCAACAGUGGGCAGGAAGGAGUACAGGAGAGCGUACAGACGCUCCAUGAACCCACCAGGUUGCUAAAGUAAACGGAGGAGGAGAGAAGAGAAAUUGAAGUGAAAUUGCUAAUAGACAGACAUCUAAACAUUUACCAGCGAGAUGCUACUUACCACCAUCAGGGAUUUCUGAGCUGUCAUCAUCCCAAACAGCACCAGCUCAAAAAGGACGUCUAUCAGGUUAACAUGAUGGAUCUAGGACAAGAAAACACGUUUGGAGAAAAUAGGAAUGAUUUCAAAUAGAUCAGCUACUGUUCCGUAUAAAAGACAUGCAUGUGGAAGAACUCAAAGUGAGACUUGAAAGAGUUAAUGAACUCACCUUUGCCUCAGCCAGCUCCCUCUCAAUGUCAAUCUGCUUGGAGGGGUCACUCAGGUAGUUCACAAAGUCGUUAUAGGCACGGAUGAAUUCGGCCUCAUCCUAUCACAAAGCAAAGAGCAGUGAUGUUAGUGCACAGAACACAUUUCCCACGAGGACGCUCUCUUUCCCUUGAAGGACAAUGAGUUAGUGAGCUACCAUCUGGUGGACCUGAACCAGUGCGCCCAGUAGGACCUUUCCCGCCACAAACAGAUGGUUCCUGCUCAGGGUGGAACCGAGCAGGGUCUAGAGAAGAGGGAAGAGUUAGGGUGAGACACCCAUCUUCCUCUAGGAGACAGACAGAACAGGAAGACACAGAGAGUCAAAGAAAAGUGGGUCCACUCACAGUAAAGGCCUGGCGCAGGGAGAUGAGCCUCAGGCCGAUGUCCUCCACUCUCUUGGUGGUAAGGUAGAGGCUGUGGAAGAGAGGGAAUGGAGUUUGUCAACCAGUACUGUCAAUGGGGGAUAACAGCAUUGUGACCACUAUCCUUCAGCAUCUGACAAGCCCAGGCUACACACACAUUUAGAGGGACUCACUUUAGCAGAGGAACCUCCCUCUCCUCAGGCAGCAGGUCCUCCUCCCAGCCCUACAACAACAGAACAAACAUUCAACAUCAGUGACCAAUGUAAUGACAUGACAAACAAUGGGUCAAUCGAAGGAUCUUAAUGCUACUAGUCAAUAGUAUGUGUAUGUGAGUGUGUAACAUCUGACCUCAUAGCAGUUGUGGCCCUCAGGCUCUGGCUCAGUGAACUGCUGAGUGGUGGGCGUAGAGACGGAGGCAGCCUCCGACCACGCCGAGGAGGAGAGCAGCCCAUCCAGCCCCAUGUGGAGAGUGGCGUACGCCACCGAGACAUCAGUUUGCUGCUCAAAACACACACACACAACACACGUUAAUAGAAAACAGACCGUAUCUAAUGGAAAAUGCCCUGUAAUUUCUAUUCUAUAUACAUAGGAAAUUGUUUAUUUACCUGGUAGCAGCCAAGCGUCACGGCCACAGACGUCUCGUGGCGGAGGUGAGACGCAUACUGGGUCACCCUGCCAGCCACAUACUGACAGAGAGAAACGACAUGUUAAGGCCAAAUGGAGUAAGUGAAGAAAAGCCUAAUCUAAUACUAAUUCAGUAGUAUUUACAUCUUACCUGGAUCCAAGAGAUGGACUGCACCUUGGUGGCACAGUAGGGGAUGCCCUCUGGACUAAGUCUGUGUGUCUCCUUGGAGAUGGCCCACACCAGUUGAGUCUCCAGGCCUCGAACCCUACUCGCAUGGUGCAUCCUCACCACCACCUGCUGUGGAGUGAAACAACAAGACAACAUCAACAAAACAAUAUCAGCCAUCGCUGUAACAUAUUUCCAUCAAGAUCACAUGACACUGACAAUGUAGAUUAGGAUUAGGUAGUGACAAAGACACAUACCUGGGAUCCCCCACGCAUGUAGGUGAUAAUGGGGCUGAUGAACUGGAAAGUUCUCCAAGCUUCAGCCACCGGACCGGCAUUGUUCUGCACAAGAGGGGGUUGACAUUACAAUACAUUCAGGUUAGAAACAGCAAACACUGCAACAGUGAUGUGACUGUGUGUGUGGGUCGCUUACCCUGAUCACAACAGGCCCACAGUACAGGGAGCUAAACCUAAUCGGUAUCAACUGCCAAUUACCAGUGGCCUCCUAAAGCAGAAAGCAGACAACAACGAUUUUUAGAAUGUCAAAGUGACACAAAUUGAAUAUCUGGGAUACUUUUCAAACUUUCUGAAAAUUGUACCUCAAGGAUAGUCGGCACAUCUGGCACCUCCUCAAGGAUGGCUGGCAGCAGUGGUACAUCCGGCACAUCAUCCAAUGGCACAACCAACUGGACCACAUCCAGGACAGUUGAUUCUAAAAUUAGGAACAUUGGAAUACAAACAAACAAAUGUUAGGAUGUAAAACGUAGCGAGCUAGCCAGUACUACUAGUUCAAAAGUGCAUCUCUUAGCAAAAGUUACUAAAGUUAACGUUAGCUUGCAAGUAUGGAUUACAGAAAUACACAACAUUUCACAAAUUACAUUUAUAUUGUUAAAUGUGGUAAAAUAAGUUUAAACUCAACAUACCCUCUUCGAAGUCGAUGUCGCUGUCCACCUCCCGACGAUUGCGAACCCUGCAAAACGGAAAAAGACAACAAAAACAACCCACAAAUGAAUUUGAACAACCUGUCGACGCAGUAGACCGCCGACGUCCACGCACUCUCUCCAUCAAUUUUGAAAAGCACCCAGGCAUUUUCCAGCCGAUUUUUCAGUCUCAGGUCUCAAAAAUCAGUCAAGUUUGUUGUUGUUGAACAGCAAACUGAAGUUAUUGUUGUUUUCGAACAGAAAACGUUCAAUAGAACGCCGAGAUGUUCUAUCGGUUAGAUGUCUCUUGGCAACACAUAUUUUGGAAAAUUGUUGUUUACAAAAUGGACAGCUGUGUUGCCAUAGAAAUGAGUUUGGAACUCUAUGGUUACCAUUAGAAUUCUAUAAAAAUUCCAUUCCAUGAGUUUGGAACUCUAUGGUUACCAUUAGAAUUCUAUAAAAAUGCCAUUCCUAGUCAUCAUUCUAAUUCUAUUGACCCUAUUUUGUCACCAGAGGAUUUCCUAUGUUGUUGGUAUAAUAUAAAACAAAAACACCAAAUGUUAUUUUUAAGUCACUAGCUAGGUCAAUGGCCCAUUGACAUGUUUUAGCAUGUUUCAUGGAAGUUGUUGUUGUUGUUGAACUUCUGAAAGUCUAGGCUUUGGCUCAGUGGAUAAUAAAGUAUUGUGGCGCACAGACAACCCGGUUUAAAAUAUAUUGACCAAAUUCAGACAAGGGGGGCAAAGCCACAGCCCACUGAGGUAGGAGAGCACUGAAGUAUCUGCAUAAUAAUAAUCCGUAUCUCUUUUAUAAACAGGAUAGUAUCAUUGAUUAUAUAAAAGUGCAUGUAUGAAUAAGUCUGAUUGACCUUUUUUCAUGGCAGGUUCACCUUCUGAAGCCGGACGAGGUUCCCAAAGCGUGCUGCGCACCCACCAAGCUCAGUCCCAUCUCCGUACUCUUUUGUGACGACAACAACAAUGUGAUCCUAAAGAAGCAUCACAACAUGGUGGUCAAGACCUGUGGAUGCCUGUGA